AUGCCGAUUCUGUUCAGUGCCGUCGUCUGUCAUAAAGUUGUUGUAGAACAAUUUGCAACGUGCGAUGGAAACUUCGGCGAGAUUGUGGAGCUGGUGAUGAGGAAGAUUCCCGAACGAAAUGAUAAGAUGACGUAUUCCUUUGGUAGAUUUUUACUGCACUAUAUCAACGAAGAUGGGAGCUUUUACUUCUGCAUCACUGACAGGUCUUGUCAGCGCUCACGAGCAUUUCUUUUCCUAAACGAGGUCAAAAGACAAAACGAGAGAAAUAUCUUGGCAAAACAAAUGUACAGAUAUAACGAGGAUUACGGGAGCGUGGUCAUAAGAAGCGGGGAGUUGGAAGAAAUAAAUUCUAUUGGAGUCGAAAGCAGUGAGAGUCUUCUCGGCGAAACAUUGAUCCUAGUUGAAAAUGAUCAAAACUUACGAUAUACGGUUAGUAUGACAUUUCGUAUACUUAACAUCCAACUGUAA